CAGCCGAUGGCCUCCAACCGGGCGCUGCGCCACCCGACGCCGCCCCAACGCCCGCUACACUCGGUGGCUCCGCGUCAGAAACAUGUGCACUUCGUGUGUACUCCUCCUGACUCACCGUCCACGACGCCAAAGGUGUUUGCCGUGCGGAUGGCAUCCGCAAGCACCCCGAUGUGGGGCUCCCCCGUCAAGGCCUGCAGCGUGGCGGCGGCCCCAGAGGAGCCAAGCCGCCCUUUCUUUGACGGGCUGCAACCGCUCGCGUACACGGGUGCGGCUCUCGGGAUCGUCCCGGUCUCCUUCCGGCCCCUGCGGUUGAGCUUCCACCCGCUCCGCUCCACGCUGCUGUACGCGCUGCUGGUGCAAUCGUUCACCUGGUGGGAAUUGUUCUACGUCAUGACGCCUUGGAGAAAUGGACAGCCCACCGCGCAGGACAAAUUUCCUAAUAACAAGGGGUUUUUAGCAGUCGUGAGCUGCUUCGAGAGCGUGCACACCACGGUGCACCUCACUGGCUCCGUGAUCGUGCUCGUGUUCUGGGCGGAGGUCCACAAAGUCCACAAGAUCCGCUCCUCGUGCGGCAACCUCCUGGUGGACUUCGGCUACGUGCUGUGGGGCAGACCAAAGCAGCCAGGUCCCCGUCGGAGACCACAGCAUGGCCUCGUGUGGAUCACCACGAUGGCGCUGUGGGUCAUGCCGGGGGCGAUGGUCAUCCUGUGGAGUGAGUACGUCGAGACAGGGGUGGAGCCCAAGAACGCAUUGGCGCACAGCUUAAUCAACGCCCAGCUGGGGUUCGGCAUGAUCGUGCUCUCCCUCUGCUUCCUGCGGCUCCAUAGCUUCGCCACCGGCCUGCUCAGCGAGCUGCGACAGGCGAGUCUGCAUGUCAGCUUGAAAAUCGGCAGCAGGGCAGGGCCGCUCAUGGUUUAUUUUGUUCUGUUUUUGCGAUUAUUUUUAGACAGUUCCCAAGACAGGCUUUAUUUUAUGACUUCAAAUUAUCAGCAGAGCGAUGCAGAUGGGUUGACCAAAAGAUUUGCAUGUCCUCAGAAAAUCGAACAAUAGCAUUCCUACUCACUUAACAGUUUGACAAGAUCAAUAGAAAAACAAUGGUGGAAAUCAACGCCCUUUUUGGAGUGUUAAUGACUUUCGUGCCUUUACAGGGGCAGUGAAAGAUUCGCAACCCUGUAAAGACACGAAAAUGCCCCAUAGGUGCCAAAUUCAGUGCCCUUGUAGACUUUUGUCCCAUUCAAAAGACAUUAAAAUUUAGUACUUUUGAAAGGCACCAAGUCCUAUGUUUUUCCAUUAUGUCCGCAGUCCAUUGUUGUAACGUAAACCCACUGUUGCAACAAGUGGGGAAUUUUGUCCCACUACCAGUGGGACUGUCCUGUUAGAUCUUGUCUGAGAGUGCCGGUGUGUGCAGGACCUAGCGGACCCAAGUCUGACACCAGAGCGCGUGCUUGAGUAUCGGCGCACCUGGACGCUCCUGGCCGACUUGAACGGUGGCUUUAUCGUCACGCCCAUCUCCGUGCUGCUCCAGACGGUCAUGCUCAUUUUCCUGGUCACUCUACACUCGUACGAGGGCGUGGAGUGUUUACUUGCUGACAACCUGAAGGUAGGGCUCAUUAUUUGGGUUGUCGGCGUGCCGUUCCCUAUCCUGCUGUUCGCCUUAUGUGAGGUCCCGCACCGGUCAGCAGACGUGAUUCGUCGCCAAUUUGAGGGAGUUCUACAGAUGUCGAACUGUCGUUACGGAAACGAUAAGACCUUUGAAGAGGUCCAUAGAUUUCUGGAGGUUGUUUGGUGGAGUAGUCCAGAAACGACAAUCGGCGGAUAUUUCGAACUUAAAAGGAGUACCUUCAGAGCGAUUGUCGCAAUGAUUGUGACUUAUGGCCUUGUCCUUCUUCAGUUUAAUUCCAGCGGUCACUCAACAGACCCCAACAUAUUCAACGGUAACUUAAGCACGCAGGGUUGAGUCCUGUGCAAAUCGAACGAAGAGACAAUCUCACCCUUGGAUUUUCAGAGUGAAGUUUUGGAAGUGGUAGGAACGAUUACUAUCAAGGAAAAGAAGACUUCGUAGAUGUUGCUAAACGAAAAGACUGAGUGCUUUAUAAAUCAAACGUGGUUCCUAGUAUUUCAAAUAGUGGUACGUGGUACACAGGACAGGUAUAAGUCUUCCCAUAAGACUUACAACAGGUGCUUUAGGCGUGAUUGGAAAUUGAUUGCACCGACAAGAAUUGGAGAAAGAUUGGAUCAAGGACUGUAGAAAGUGUGGCAGCCUGUGGCCCGGGGGAGCGGGCAAGGAAUAGGUUAUUGGUUGGAAACACGGGCGCGGCGAGCGUCCUGCGAAAAUAAAGACUCGCGGCCCGGCCUUUGGGAGAGGGAAAGAGGAGCGGCCCAAAGUCAACAGAAUAAAAAGGGGAAAGAGAA